GACCGGAUUAGGAGGACGGGACUAAACUAGUCUAAUUGUUAGCGUAGUCUGACGUUUGGUUUGCACAAGAAUUAGAUUUAAUGGUAUUAGAUAGGACUCGCUCGGAUUAAUGACUUCGCUAGGAGUUCUUAGCGAAGAACCCCAAAUUCGGCCGGACUCGUAAGACCUUCUGCGAGAGAGAACCUGGCUCAUUCUGCGAGAGAGAGUCGUCGCCAUCGCUCCCUGCUUGCCCUGCUCCAUCAUCCUCGUCCUCCUCACCCUCAUCUCUGCGUCCUGCUUGCCCUCAUCUGCAUCCUGCUCGCCCUCAUCUGCUCCUCUUGCCUGGGUCAAAUUGCAGAUCCUGCUCGCUCUCAUCUGCUCCUCCACCUUCUUCUCAGGAACCCUCCACCCAAACCGCCCCUCCUCAUCCCCCGUUCGAUCCCAGUCGAACUUUUGCUCUGAUAUCUUGAGCGAUUCAACACACCCUUUCCGAUGCAGUUUUAUCUUCUCUCCAAGCUCUUGCAGUCACUUCUGAAACUCCAACCUCCACUUUAUUCAAUUGCAGUUACAGAUUCACAAAACAGAACUUGGUUUGUGAAAAGAAGGAUGAUGUAAAAGUGCAAUGGGUGAUUGGCAGUCUGAUCAGCGUACAGAAAAAAUGUUGGAAUAUUGAUAUGCAUUUUUUCCAUGAAUUUUUUUCUCUAAGGCCCAGGACAUCCUGCCUGAGAUCUCCCUGACCCAAUGGAACAUGCCCCAUCUUGUUUAAUCUGUAUGGAUAACAACAAUAAUUUGAAUGCCGCACAAGAACCAAAAGGAAGGAGGCGUAAAUGGGAAGCAUUUGAGGAAGAAGCAUUACUAUCUGUUCUUGAGGAUUUUGUUGCUCGAAGGCAACGAUGUGACACAGGUGCUUUCAAACAAGGUACUUUGAUUGAAGUAGCUAAAGCUGUCAAUGUGUUAUGUCCCAAUUCAAAUAUAAGGGCAACUCCACAUAUUGAGUCAAAGUUGAAGAAAUGGAAAAAAACAUAUAGUUUGGUCCUUGACAUGAUAAACACGAGUGGAUUUGCAUGGAAUGAUGUCAAAAAGUGCAUUGAAGUUGACAGUCAUGAUGCAUGGCAAACUUAUGUGCAGAAAAAUAAAGAAGCCGAUGGAUGGAGAAGCAAACCUUUUCCACUGUAUAAUAGAUUUGCAUAUAUAUUUGGAAAGGAUCGGGCUAGGGGUAAUGUAGCCAAAACCCCUGCUAAAAUGAUGGAGGAACAAAGUCAUAAUCAGGUUGAUGCAAGUGAUCUUGGAGCUGAAAAUGAUGUUUCUCCAGUGAACCUACAAAGCCAACAAAGCAACCAAUCUGCAAGUAGCCAAAGAAAGAGGAAAAGAGCUACGGGAAGUUCAAGUGAUGGAACUGAGGCAAUUAUCAAUGGACUGAAAGAAUUUUAUGUUGAAAGUGCAAAAAGGAUGCAAAUGGUAACUGAAGCUAUAAUUCGAGGUACCACAGAUCAUAGUGACAUAGCUAAUGAACUUAAAGCAAUGGGUCUUUCUCCUAUGGAUCAAAUUGAUGGAUUGACUCUUAUUUUGGAAAAACCACAAAAUGUGGGAGUGUUCAGGUCAAUAGAUUCAGAACUCAAGAAAGUGUUCGUCCAAAAGCUUUUAAGCAACAAAGUAAGUGGAUGAUUAUAUUAUGUGGUGACUUUUGACAUGAAUGUAUUAUGUUUGUUGUACAAUCUUAAGGUUAUGGCUUCUAACUUAGCCUUGCACUAUGAAAUAUUUUGGCUAAUGUUGACUAGGAUUUUGUAAAUUAUGGGGAUCUACUUUUGAAUGCUAUGCUAUAGUUAACUAGCAUUUUGUAAAAUAUCCUGGAGGAAAGUUUAGCGAAUGAUGUUUUAAAGAGUUAGUCAAUGGCAAAUAUUGACUUGUGCGAUGAAAUGAAAUGAUAAAGUAAUUGCUUCUCUCUUUCUUU